AUGGCUAACGCGAGACUGCCGGGGGCAGCCGCCCCGGGCGCCCAGCCGCCUGCCGCUCUCUGCCGUGCUGUGUCAGGGCAGCUGAACAUGGAUACCAUGCGGCAGAACUUCUGGAAGGAGGAGUACCUCAAACAGAUGAAAUUGCGCUGCGAGUGGUACCGCAAGUAUGGGAAUCUGGUGAAGGCCAAGCAGAAGGCUAAGAGUGCGGCUCGCCUGCCCCUCAAACUGCCCACCCUGCUGCCCAAGGUUGCCGUGCCGGCAGCUGUCUCCAGAGCAGCCCCUUCCAAGGCCCCCAGCCCCGUCCCAGAGGCUUUCCAGUCAGAAAUGUACCCCGUCCCGCCCGACAUCAAAGCCCUGCUGUAUGAAGGCAUCUCACAUGACUUGCAGGGCCGCUACCACUACCUCAAAGCCCGACAGCUGGACCUGCCAGAGAAGCGCUACCUAUUCCCCAUCACCACCAACUUCUCCUAUGGCUGGCAGCUGGGCCCUGCAACAAAGCAACAGUUGGUCUCCUGCAAGAUGUGCCGCAUUGAGUCAUUCUUCCGUAAGAAUGGGGCCUUUGCACUGCUUGACCCCCGAGAUCUGGCCCUCUGA